ACACAAUUUCCUUGUACAAACCUAUUUUGUAAUUUUGGGUACCCUUUGAAGCGCGAUUAUACUCCUAGUGGAAGCGUCGACCAUGCCGAGACCCCCGAAGCGAGAGAAGCACCCCAACUCUGUUGCCUCUCCUCAUCCACUACCAGAACUAUGCUUCGAAGGGGAAAGCCUGGAUCAUCUCCUUAAAGCCUUCGCCAGCGAAAUAGAGUCUGCCAGAAGCACGGACACAGCUUUGCCGGAGAAAUUCUGGUUUAAGUGUAUGUGUAAUGAACAGCAACAGUUCUCAAUUGGAGUGAAUGAAGUGACACGGGUGCUUGAACGCAUGCCCGCAGUUGCUGCCACACCCAAUGAUGAUUCAGUCCAAGCAGAUCCUCCUCGGAAUCAACUUCAAGCUAUACUCCUAGCAUCUGAUUGCAACCCAUGGUGGUUGACCAAGCAUCUAUCCAGCUUGGCUGCUUCUAGGAGUGUGCCUCUUUUAUUUGUGAAGGACAAGAAAAGAGGUUCUCUUAGGUUAGGAGAAUUGGUCAAACUCAAAACUGCAAUUGCUGUUGGUGUGAAGGCUAGAGGAAACACCAUCAAUCAAUUGGUCAGCAGUCUGCUUCUUCAAAUGCCUACAUAGUUUUGUUUCACUCCCUAGACUCUUCAUAAUGACAACUCCUAAUUCAAAUUCAGUUCUUGUAGUUGAAUACUAUAUGCAUACCCAAAUU